AUGGUGAGCACAAAUACAAUGGAUGAUGUAGAGAAGCAACGUAACCAUCCUCUUCAUCUCCUUAACUCUGAUACUCCAGGGAUACCUUUGACCACAAAUCUGCUCACAGGAGUUGAAAAUUAUACAAUAUGGAGUAGAUCGGUGCUGCUCAAUCUGAGAGCUAAGAGCAAAAUUGGAUUUGUCAAAGGAACCUGCAAAAAGAGUGAUUACAGUAGUGAUUUGGAAGAACAAUGGGAGAAAUGCAAUGCUUUUGUCCUAUCAUGGAUUGUUCAUUCAGUUUCGAAGGACCUCAUGAAUGGGAUCAUGUAUGCAUCAAAUGCAGCAACUGUGUGGGCAGAUCUAAAGGAAAGGUUUGACAAAGUUGAUGGAUCUAGAGGUUACCAAUUGCAUAGAGAGAUAUGCACAAUUGCACAGGGAACUUCAUCUGUUUCAGCUUAUUUCACGAGUUUAAGAUUACUUUGGGCUGAGUUUGAUGCAUUAAUUGCACCUCCAUCAUGUGGUUGUCCCAACUCUAGAGAGUAUGUAGGACAUUUGGAGUAUACGAGACUGUAUGCAUUUCUGAUGGAACUUAAUGAAUCAUACAAUCAAGCACGUAGUCAAAUACUAAUAAUGAUCCCCUUGCCAUCAGUCAAAAAGGCUUACUCAAUGAUCAUGGCUGAUGAGAGUCAAAAAAUCAUAGCUGGUUCAUAUUCAGGAGGAGAUAUGGGAGAAUCUUCUUCAACAGCUUUGUAUGCUAGUAAAGGGAAGGGACAUGUGAAUGAACAUCAGUUAGCUAACUCGUAUGGUGCAAAGAAUGCAGGAAAUGCAGGAAUGACACAUGCAUAUAUGAAUGAGCCUUCAAUAGCAGCACUUUAUGCAGGAAAACCAGCAUUUUAUAACUAAGGGAGAAAUUUCAACUUACAGUGUGAAGUUUGUAGAAAGAAAGGACACACUAAGGAAAUAUGCUACAAAGUCAUUGGUUAUCCAUCUGACCUCAAGUACAAGAGGAGAUCAGGAAAUGGAGGGGGCCAUACCAGAAUGGCUAAUGCAGUUGAACACAAUGAUCCAUUUGGUGCAAUUGUAGGAUCUGUGCAGGGACAGGAUGCUGACUAUCAAUUUGCACCAGGACCUGCUUUCACAAAGGAACAAUACAAUCAGAUACUGAACCUGCUGAGCAAAGGUGGAGCUCAUGAAACAACAGGCAAUGACAUGACAAUCAACAUGGCAGGUACUAAUACUACUGCUUUUGUACCACAGAGUGACAAUGAAACAGCUCUUGCAACAUCUACUAAAAAUAAGGAAUGGAUGGUGGACUCAGGAGCUACCAAACAUAUCACUUCUAACAUAAACAAAUUGUUAGAUGUAUCAAAAGUACCUGAGGGAAGUAGAAACAAAGUCUACUUGCCUAAUGGACAAUGCACCACAAUAAUCAGUACUGGUAGU